AUGGCACACCUCACCUACUAUAACUACCCCGACAGCCAGGCAGUUCGGGUUGGCGAUCGCAUCGAGUGCGCAGGACAAGGCGGCUGGGACUCCAGAAUAAGAGAAUCCUAUAAAGAAAUCAACGCGCAGAUCGAUCAGGCUUUCGCCAACGUCGAGCUAAACCUGAAGAAUGCCGGUGGCAAGGGCUGGGGGCAGGUGUAUCGCGUCAAUUCGUAUCACGUCCCCAUCAACAACGAGGGACUGGAUGCCAUGGUGCGCAAUUUCAGGAAGUACGUGCUGGAUCACAAGCCCAUCUGGACUUGGCUGGACAUGCGCGUGGAGAUCGAGGUUGUGGCGCAUGAUCCGGAGUCGAAAUGAG